AUGAAGUCAUUGACCAGAGCCACGAGAAUUUUGGACAACGUUCGAUUAUCUCAAUCUUGUAAGAACAUAACAGGUUUCAGGAACAUGGCGAAUAUAAAAGCACAGUACAAAAAAGCUAUCACUUUCGAAAAUCUGAACCCCAAUAUAGUGAGAUUGGAGUACGCCGUUCGAGGACCUCUAUAUCUCAGAGUGCUUGAGAUAGAGCAAGAGUUGAAAGAUGGAGUUGAGAAACCGUUCAACAAAGUAAUAAAAGCGAACGCCGGAGACGCACAAGCCAUGGGCCAGAUACCAAUAUCUUUCAUCAGACAAGUCCUGGUGUGUGUCUCAUAUCCAGAAAUGAUUGAAACCAGCAAUUUUUCCAAAGACGUCAAGGAAAGAGCUCGUGAAAUCUUGGACGCUUGUGUUGGAAACUCGAUCGGGUCUUACUCGAUAGCAGUCGGCAUUGAAUCGAUUAGAAAAUCGGUUGCAAAUUUUAUCGAGAAACGAGACGGAUAUAAAGCCAACUGGAGGGAUAUAUGUUUAACAGCAGGCGCUUCUGCUGGAAUUAAGAACUGCUUGGAGCUGUUAAUUAAUGAUAUAGAAGGAAAACCUUCGGGUGUGAUGAUCCCAAUACCUCAAUAUCCUCUAUAUUCAGCUUCUUUAGCAGAAUACGGUCUGAAACAAGUGGAUUAUUAUCUAGAUGAGAGUAAAAAUUGGGCGUUGACGAUCGAAGAGUUAGACAGAGCCUUACUUGAUGGUUCAAAGGAUUGUAAGGUCAGAGCUCUGGUCGUCAUAAACCCUGGCAAUCCUACCGGACAAGUUUUGACCAGAGAUAAUAUCGAAAAUAUAAUAAAAUUCGCUUAUAAACAUUCCUUGAUGAUAUUUGCCGAUGAGGUGUACCAACAAAAUAUUUUUGAAGGAGAAUUCCACUCGUUUAAAAAGGUGUUGGUUGAACUGGGAGCACCUUAUAACCAAGUCGAAGUGGUUUCUUUUAUGUCUACUUCUAAGGGUUUUAUGGGGGAGUGUGGGUUAAGGGGUGGAUGGAUGGAGAUAGUUAAUAUGGAGCCGAAGGUUCAAGCUAACUUGUAUAAAUGUAUGUCGGCUAAGUUAUGUGCUUCGACGUUGGGGCAGGCUGUGGUAGACUGUGUCGCCCGACCACCUCAAGAAGGAGAUGCUUCGUAUGAACAGUACGUGCAAGAGAGGGAUAAUGUGUUGGAAUCCCUUAACAUAAGAGCUAAAAUGAUUGAAGAACUGUUCAAUAAUAUGGAAGGAUUCCGUUGUAAUGUUGUGCAGGGCGCCAUGUACGCUUUCCCGCGCAUAGAACUAUCUGGAAAAGCGAUAGAGGCAGCCAAGAAAGCUGGUCAGGAGCCGGAUGUGUUCUACGCGUUUAGACUGCUCGAAGCGACAGGCAUCUGCGUGGUGCCAGGUUCAGGGUUCGGCCAGGAACCCGGCACUUAUCACUUUAGAACUACAAUCUUACCACAAAUGGAUUUAUUGAGGGAAAUGGUUGACAGUUUCCAAAAGUUUCAUCAGAAAUUUACUCAAGAAUUUUCUUAA